AUGGUGGAGCUUCGAAGGCCCUCGGAGCAAGAGAGCCGGGAGCCCAUGGGGCUGGUGGUGCUGGAGGGCUGCACCGUGGAGCUGUGCGAGGCCGCCGAGGAGUUUGCCUUCGCCAUCCGCUUCGACGACGCCGGCGCCAGGGCUUAUGUGCUGGUGGCCGACGGGCAGGCUGCCAUGGAGGCCUGGGUGAAGGCGCUUUCACGGGCCAGCUUCGACUACAUGCGGCUGGUGGUGAGGGAGCUGGAGAAGCAGCUGGAGGAGGCCUGCAAGAGCUUGGCCGCUUGCCACAAGUCCCCGCGGAGGUCCUCCUCCUCCUCCGGCAGGAAGAGACACCUCUCCAACCCUGCCUUGCUGCCUCUCCAGGAGAAGCCCGCCAUCCUGGAGAACGGUUACUCCACGUGGGGUAGUGGUGGUGGCGUCCCCGGGGGGGCUGCCUGCCCCGACCGCGAUGGGGGGCAUGCGAAGCCCCCGCCCCUGCCGGAGAGGGGACACCCGUGA